AUGGGCGAUUCGAAUACAUAUGGACAUGAAGAGGGAGUUCCAGUCGGUCCUCGGCCGCCGACGCCGUACAAAUUCUCUCAAGAUGAACUUCGGGUCCUUCAGGAAUGUAAUACGGAAAGCUUCCUACAACGGUCUUUACCGCUGGGAACCGCGUUUGGUCUUAGCGCGUUAUUCGGCGUUCAAAAAGGUCAUUUGAAGCCAAACCCGCGUUUUGGAGCAAUACCCAAAGUGACUCUGGCAGUUAUAGUGGGCUACUUCUUAGGCAAGUUGUCAUAUCAACAAGCAUGUGCGGAGAAACUCAUGGCUUUACCUAACAGCUAUAUAGGACAGCUGUUGAAGGAAAAGAAGGAAGGAAGAACAGGAUUUCCCCCAAAGCGUACACCAACUAUGUUUGGAGUGACUUCAGACGAUGUCUACUCAGAUGCAGGGCCCGGGAGCUCUCUUGAUUUAGAUACUGACCGUCCACUGUUUAACGACGACUCAUUCAGGCCAGGAAGCGAUGGACCAGCACAUCAAUCGCCAGACGCAGUUACUCAACGGCCUAUCCUUUCGUAUGAGGAAUUGCGUAGGAAGAACCGUGGAGAGUACAACGAUGCACGUCAGGAUCCAUACAAAAUUGAUCCGAUUCCAGUACCACCGGUGACUAGAGCGAAGCCACAACAAAAACCCACAAACCAGUAUGGAGAUGUUAUGGAA